AUGUUAUUGUCAAAUCUUGUUAUUCCCUUAUUGGCUACCAGUGCUACUGUGUCAGCUAAUUUUGAUGUCACUUCCUCAUUAACCAAAUAUGCCUCAUUUGAUUUUGGACUUGGUGACAUUUCAAUUCAAGAGGGUGCUUCCUUUUCGUUAGUCAACACUUUUGAUUGUGCCUUUCAAGGUGACAUUAGCAUUGAAAAAGAUUGUGAGUUCGUUAUUGCUUCUACCGCUAAAGCCUUAAAACUUACCUUUAACAAUAUCUUCCAUAAAAUUGAAAACAAAGGUAAAUGGAUUGUCCACACUUUGGAAGCUGCCGCUGCUAGUACAUGUAAUAUUAUUGUCCAAUCUUUUGUCAACACUGGUGAAAUUAUUUUGGCUUUCAAAGGUCACGUUUUGGCUCCAAUCAUUAACAUUGCCGCUAACCAUUGGGUCAAUCAUGGUUGUUUACAUAUUUUCCAAGAAAUUAAAUCAAUUUCUGUUGCGAUUUUGGGUGUUGUUGGCGGUGAAAUUGAAAACCAUGGUACUAUCUGUUUAACUAACCAACUUUGUAAACAAGUUACAAAGAUUAGUGGAGGUGGAUGUAUUGCUUUAGAAAAAUCUUCCUCAUUCUAUAUUUCCAACUCAUUCUUAUCAAUUGAUGCUCAACAUACUUUCUACUUAGGUGCAGGCAACCCAACCAUUCAAGCUCAAGCAGUAUCACUGCCACAAACAUUCAAGGUUGCCAAUUUUGGUGCUAAUGGUGCUCAUAAAAUUGGUUUGAAUUUACCUUUGUUGUCUAUUUCUAUUGCUGGUAAGAAAGGCUGGUCCUAUGACACAAAAACUGGUAUUUUAACAUUGACUGCUAAUGGAUUCAUUUCUCAAAAGUUUGACAUUGGUCUUGGUUACGAUGUUUCUAAAUUCGAAGUUUGUACCGAUGAUUCAGUCGGUAUUGUUUCCGUUAUCAAUGGUUCUAUCAAAUACAACGGUCCAUGCCCACAUGCUGGAAGACCAUCAGUCUGUCAAGUUUGCCCAGGUGUCCCAACCCCUCCAGUUAUUACAUCAAGUGCCACUGCUAUUACCAGUACCCAAUCAAAAACUGCUAGUUCAUCUACUUCAAAAGUUGCUACUACUAGCACUGCUAGUUCAUCUACUUCAAAAGUUGCUACUACUAGCACUGCUAGCAAACCUAAACCAACCACCCUUUCUACUAGCUCUAUUGCUUCUACCAAGACUACAGCUUCCUCAAAAACCAACUCCGUUGCUUCUACAACCACACCAGAAGGAUCUUACUCCACCUCAUUUGUAACUGCUACUGCCGAGACCACCAAAGUUGUCACUAUCACUUCUUGUUCCAAUAAUGCUUGUCACCCAACUACUGCUCCUACUGGUAUUACUGUCGUCACACUUACCACCUCCGACAUCAAAACUGUUGUCACUACUUACUGUCCAUUGACCCAAACUGUUACUUUGGGUGUUACCGGUAGCAAGACUGUUGAUUUGGGUUGUCCAACUGGAUACUUUGGUUACAAUGGUUACAUUGGUAAAGGUAUCAGUUUUGGUCAUGAUGGUGUUGCUGCUAGUGCCAGUGCUGGUUUCCAAAUUGGUUUUGAUAUCUUCAAUGACCAUUAG